AUGAACAGGCAGGAGGCAGACGAGGCAGAAGACGCGAAGACGCCGGCGAAAGCGUGCGCACCAACGUGGAGAGAAAGCGCUGUUACACAGUGGUAUGUCGUAUGCAUGAGCCUUGGAGAAGACCUCGGAAAAGAGCUUGUAAACAGACGCCUUGGGAGAUUUUCGAGGCGGCGGAUUCAGCCGAUCUGCAGGUGCGCUUCGCUUUCCUCCCUUUUCGACAGCUGCAGGUCUCGUCGCUGCUCUUCAGUUUCAACUGCGGCAGCUGUACGCCGCCAGAGAAGACCUCCUUCAGGCUGUCGCCAGCGUGGAUCAAGGUGCGCAGCCUUCCGCCGAUUUGCUCGCCGCUUUCUCCUCCUGCACGAACUGCAACGAUCUGUCGCGCUCCGUUGUUGCGCCUGGGCGUGCGUCGCGCGUCGGCCAAGACUCACUCAUGGUUCCUUUCUCGGCGCGCGGGGGAACAGACAACAACGAGAGGAAAGAGGAAGGAAGAGCAGAGGGGACGGAAAAGACAAAAGCGAUAGGAGGAAGAGGAGAGAGCGGGUUCGAGAACGGCGUCUCGGCAGCAUCGUGGGGGGCGACGAAGAAGAGAGGGAAGAAGGACAGCGGCGAGAACACGCGUCAAGCCGGUCGGGGCCGGUGUCGUCAUUGUCAGUUGAUGCCGAAGAUUGCGGCUUCUUCCUCUACAGCCGAGUGGAGAAGGACGUUGGUGGCAUCGGAGACGAAAAAGGCCUAGACGAGGGCGGUUUUCACCACUUUGGCGAAAGCGAACUCUUGAAAGUUGUGCGCGUCGUCCGAGCCGUGCUGCGACGAUUCCUCUCCGAGAGUGUCGCUUCGCAUCGGCGGCUCCUCCUCGCAGCCGACGAGCACGUGAAGGAGCUGGAAGCAGUCAAGAAGGAGUCUGUCGCUGCAGAUGCGUACUUUUUCGCGAGUCGGCAGGUUCUCUCGGCCCUCGACGAGCUCCAAAUCAGUAUCUCGCGUUUUCGGCUGAAGAGCCGAGACGAGGAACUCGCUGAGCUGGCCUAUCGUCGCCUCGCUCUUGGCGCAGGGCGGAAGCGGCCGAGUUCUUGGACCGCCUCGGGAUCUGCGCUCGCGUCUCUUGCGAAUUCGCCGUUUCCGCCGCCGCCUUCGCUCGUGGACGCUUUCGCCGUGGCAGGCGCCGACGUCGCCUCCAUGAGACACUCGCUGUUGCUCGAACUCGGAAUCACUGCGGGAGACCUCGAGAAAGCGCACCGCCAGCACCGGUACCUCAAAAACCUUCGUGAAGAGGAGGAGAAGAAAAGGGAGACGCUCCACGGGCGCACCUCAGCAGACGCGAAAGCACCUGCAGACUCUCUGGGAGAAGGAGAGGAAAAAGAGGAGUCGAGAAAGGGACUGCAAGCGGCGGGCUCGGAGGGAAACGAGGAAGGAAAUGGAGUGCACGGUCGAAAGAACGCAGGUGGGGACGAAGGCGCGCUGGAGCGGCCAGAAGAGCGGAGCGAGUCAUGGGCGAGGCCUUGGUCUGAAACGCGAGAGACGGAGAGACAGAGAGAGGCAGAGAUCGGCGAAAAAGCAGCCCUCAGGAGCGACGAAAAAGACGGUCUGCAGCUGGAACUGCAGACGACAGAGGUCGCGGCCAGCACGAGAACGGAGACGAGGCCGGCGAGGCCAGGACCGGACGAACACCCGAAGGAAAGAGAGGACGAGCAAGCGAGGAAAAAGUGGCGGGCAGAGGACGGCGAGAGCACGCACUCUCUGGCACGUGCGGGAGAGGGAGAACGCGUAUCCGACGAGCCAUGCGAGACAAAGGAGAGAGGAGCGCAGAAGACAUCCUCGACUCUGUGUCCAGUGUGCUUCGUGGAACUGGAGGAAACCGCAUGCAAGGCUGUCCUUCCUUGUGCCCACCAAAUCUGCGUCGAAUGCAGUCGAUCCCUGAGGACAGAAAAAGUCGGAAUGGAGAAGACAACAGGUGGGUUGCCCAGUGCGGCGAGCCCGCUGCUUAGUCGCGCGCACCAGUCUGCGAGACUCGGGCGGAGCGGCGCCUUGCCUUUUUCGCCCUUCUCGACCUUCAGCGCCUCCACGCACUGCCUCCGCCGGUGUCCGGUCUGCCGUCACCCGUUCGCCCCGUCGCAGGUUGCUUUGAUCUCGCGAGCGAGUGGCUCUCAGGGCUCCGACCGCGCAGCCGUCUCGACUCCAACAAAGCAAAGAGCCGCCAGAAAGGCGAAAACGGGUUCGCCUCGGGCGGGCGAAGAAGGCCAGCAGGCAGGAGGGAGAGACGGGACAGCACUGGGCGGAGCCACCUCGCGCCUGAGAACCGGGAACGGAGAAUCGGAGACGCAGACGGGUUUCCCUCUGAAUGGCGAAGACGUGCGAGGGGCGUCCAGGCUGGAAACGGAGGGGGUGGAGAGGGAAGGAGAAGCGUCACGGACAGAGAAGCAGGAGAAAGACAGAGGCGAGGAAGACGAUGCUGGCGUCCAGGCUGCGUCCCUCCGUGCGCGUCUUCGCCGCCGGUACUCGGCCAAGUUCGCGGCGAUCAUCGAGAAAGUCUUGGCGCUUCUCGGCGACUCACCACUGGAUGCUUCCCUUGCGGCUUCUGCGACUCCGCCCGCGCUCCCCUCGAAAAUCCUGAUUUUCUCCGAGUGGCCGUCGGCGCUCGAUUUGCUGCAAGUCGCUCUUCGGCGCACAGGCGUGGCGAGCCUAAAGUAUCUGGGCGGGCACAGCAAGGCCGAGCUCGCCAAGCUCCGGUGUUUCCGCCACGACCCAGACGCGCGCGUCUUGCUCUGCAGCUUACUCCGCGCCGGCCGAGGCUUGACGCUGACAGAGGCGAACCACGUGAUUUUCCUCGAAGUCCCCCUCAACCGAGCAGAAGAAGAACAGGCCGUCGGCCGCGUGUACAGAAUGGCGCAGAAGCGACAAACUCACGUCUGGCGGUUCAUCGUGAAAGACUCUGUGGAAGAACGGAUCGUUCAAAUGCGGCAAAAUCCUCGAGACAGCCUCUCGGAAAGGCUGGCUACUGCAGCGGCUGUGAGGGAAGACGGCGACGCAAGAGAAGAUGUGCGCGACGAAGAGCAAGAUGAAUCACAAGAGGCGGCCUACGGCACAGAUUCUGUUUCCAAUACCCUUCUUCGAUUUGGACGGCGGCUAACAGCAGAAGACGUCGCUGUGCUUCUUGGUGUUUCUGAUUCUUCCUCUUCGUCUUCUUCCUCCUCGCCUUCCUCCUCGUCUUCCUCCUCGUCUUCCUCCUCGUCUUCUUCCUCUUCUUCUCCCUUUUCCUCUUCGUCCGCCUCCUCGUCUUCCUCUUCGAUUUCUUCCUCUUCAUGUCUCGCUUCCGGUAACACUUGUGCCGCCGGUGAUCCGCCGCCAGCAAACGGAGGGGGGGCUGAGAGGACGGGAGUCGGCAGUGGAAGCGUGGAAAACGAGAGGCGAGACGCGGCGAGCGUUGCAGCUCGGGUGACUCACUCUCUGACUCCGUCGCAGGCCGCGGGGCGGGCGGCGAUGCGCCGAGAGGCAGCUUUCCUCGAGUCUCAAGUGACGAGAGAAGGAAACGAAGCGUGGAAACAGGGUUGA